GUCGUCGAUUGUGUUUGUGCACGCAAGGUGUCUGGUGGAACGGGUUGACAGUUGAAUAUUUUAAUAGUUUAUUGAUGAAGUGAGGCGAAGUUUGGUCGGGUUGCGACGUUAUAUAACGAAUAGGUUGGGAAGAGUGUAUAGGCCUAAUUUUUCCGCGCACUUUGCCGACACAGCAAGCGGGGUAUAGUCUUCUUCAUCCGGGUGCUGACGCGAUUACAGCAGGAAAGAUGGCGGAUGACCCUAACGCGGCAGACAGGAACGUGGAGAUAUGGAAAAUCAAGAAACUGAUUAAAAGUUUGGAAGCUGCCCGUGGUAAUGGAACCAGUAUGAUCUCGCUGAUCAUCCCCCCUAAGGACCAGAUCUCCAGAGUGGCCAAGAUGUUGGCAGAUGAGUUUGGCACAGCCUCCAACAUCAAGAGCAGAGUCAACAGGCUCUCUGUGCUCGGGGCCAUCACCUCUGUACAGCAGAGACUAAAGCUAUACAACAAGGUGCCGCCUAAUGGCCUGGUGGUGUACUGUGGAACCAUCGUGACAGACGAGGGCAAAGAGAAGAAAGUCAACAUUGACUUUGAGCCUUUUAAACCCAUCAACACCUCCCUGUACCUCUGUGACAACAAGUUCCACACUGAGGCGUUGACAGCCCUGCUGUCUGAUGACAGUAAGUUUGGCUUCAUAGUGAUAGAUGGUAGUGGGGCUCUAUUCGGGACGCUCCAGGGGAACACUAGAGAGGUCCUGCACAAGUUCACUGUGGACUUGCCCAAGAAACACGGCAGAGGAGGUCAGUCUGCUUUGCGCUUUGCCCGUCUGAGGAUGGAGAAGAGACACAACUAUGUGAGGAAGGUGGCUGAGACAGCUGUCCAGCUCUAUGUGGCCAACGACAAGGUCAAUGUGGCCGGAAUGGUCCUAGCAGGGUCUGCCGACUUCAAGACUGAGCUCAGCCAGUCCGACAUGUUCGACCCUAGGUUACAGGCAAAGAUUCUAAAGCUGGUGGACAUCUCGUACGGAGGGGAGAACGGUUUCAACCAGGCCAUCGAGCUGUCGGCAGAGGUCCUCUCUAACGUCAAGUUCAUCCAGGAAAAGAAGCUCAUAGGCCGGUACUUUGAUGAGAUCAGUCAGGACACGGGGAAGUACUGUUUUGGGGUGGAGGACACACUCAAAGCCCUGGAGAUGGGGGCUGUGGAGAUCCUCAUUGUUUAUGAGAACCUAGACACCAUGCGCUAUAUUCUUCGCCUGCACGGGGCUGAGAGCGUCGGAACAGAAAACGAUGAGAAGACUCUUUAUUUAACACCAGAGCAGGAGAAGGACAAGUCCCACUUCACAGACAAGGAGACUGGGCAGGACCACGAGUUGAUUGAAAGCAUGCCUCUGCUGGAGUGGUUUGCCAACAACUACAAGAAGUUUGGAGCCACGCUGGAGAUCGUCACAGACAAGAGUCAGGAAGGGUCUCAGUUUGUCAAGGGCUUCGGUGGCAUCGGGGGAUGCUUGCGGUACAGGGUGGAUUUCCAGGCCAUAGAUUACCAGGCGGAGGACGACGACUGUUUUGAUUUAGAUGACUACUAGGUAGUCGGACUGAAUUAGGGGAGAAAGAAGGUAAAAGGUGAAGAAUGACGAAAUAAGGAUAGAAAUAUGCCACUUUUUUUUUUUCAGCGAGUGAAAAGAGACAUACUGACCAUGUAGACAUGCAUUCAAUUUGAAACACGCACACGUACCCAUACAUGUACACUUCUAAUAACGCGCACAUGCUGAAGACUGAGAUUCUCUUUCAAUCCAGAGAGGGACAACCCAUCCUGAGUGAAUCCCUGCCUUAGAGUGCUGGUUCCUUCCCCUGGUUGGAUUGGACUUCGUUUUAGUUUGUUUAUUUUUCUCCCCUCCAUUUUGAAUGGACACAACAGCAAGUUCCCAGCAAC